UCCGUGACCCUUAACAUGCGAGGAUGGCGUCGUGCAAAAUAUGGAACAAGGAAAUGGCUUAUGAAUUUUCUCUUUAUAGACGGAUAAUGUGGCCAGUUGGCUCGUGGCCAUUUGAUCGCAAUAAUAAUUUUGCAAAAUUCCGUGCCUUGUUUAUCGUAAUCACACAGACUAUUAUGGUGAUCUAUAUAAGUAUUGGUUACAACAAGAAUGCCGUACUGAAUAUCAUCGUCGACCAAUUCGUACUGGCAUCAUGUGGUAUUUUGACUAUCAUAAAAAUAACCCUGAUACGACUGCAUCGCGAUGAUCUGAUGAAGAAUCUGUGCAACGCAGCAGACAAUUGGACGUGCAUCGCGAGGCAGGAGCAUCGACAGGUCAUGCUUCGCUACACUAACCUGGGUAGAUUCGUCUUCUUCUUUCAGAUGGGUUCCGCGUACAUUGUCAUCGCUCCGUUGAUAGUCGGGUCGCUUUUGUCGCUUGCGACGUCGUUUUCUUUACAAAACGUCACAACAUCCGAGGACCAGAUGCAAUUGCCGCAAGAAAUGGUCUGUCCCUCCAACGUGCCGGUCGUUUGCUACGGCAUGUACCUUCUCCAGUCUGUUCAGCUAAUCAGCACAUCCACAGGAAAUGUUGGCAGCGAUGUUUUUCUCUUCGCCGUUUGCAUGCAUCUCUGCGGUCAAUUGGAGAUACUCGGCCUGGAAUUAUUGCGAUUUCACAAAGAAAAGGAAAAUCGUUAUUGGAAAAGAAUGAAAAUGAUUACUUUGAUCGAUAGACAUUGUUUGCUUUUGAAUCUAGCCAAAGACAUCGUGUAUCUACUCGAUGUCAUCUUAAUAGCUCAAUUAAUUCUCCACGCUUUGCUCAUAUGUUUAAUAGGACUGCAGCUUAUCGUGUCGUUGGCGAUACAUGAUUUUUUUCUUGUCUGGAGGAGUAUAAUGUCUUUCAAUAUUUUAAUGAUACAGCUAUUCUUGUACAGUUACAUGGGGGAAACACUGUCGUCGAAAACGCAAGCGAUAUCUCAAGCGGCUUACUUAAGCGAAUGGUACGAUUUACCUACAAACAUUAUGCGAGAUUUAUAUUUUAUAAUAGCACGAGCCAAUGUGCCUGUUCGCAUAAGAGCGGGGCUAGGUUUUCACGAAUUGCGAUGA